AUGACUACAACUACUUUACGUGCGGUCACGCAUCGCUUGGCCACGACACCUGUCGAGCAAUUGCCCUCAAUAGCUGCAUUCCUUGCGACUUCGUUGACUGAUUGCGCCGAGCUCCUCUCUGCGCCCCAGGCUCAGAAAUCAGGCAAAACCGAGUCCGAUCAUUCCGUCCAGAUUCAUAAGCUGAAGACUCGCCUGGCUACUUUGCUGCAGGACCGCACCAUUGAGGGACGAUGGACCGCCGUGGUGCUCGUGAAAGCUACCGUGGAGGCGGGACAAUGGGAGAUCUUGCGAGGCUAUGAGCCAAUUGUUCGUGGCUUGAUUAGCAUUCUGGCGAAACCGGAUCCUAUUUCCACAAGAAAGAUGGCCAUGAUCGCCUUGACGCGCAUCUUCCACCUCACCUACCAAUACCCAACUCUGGUCCGAGAGAUCACGACACCCCACCUGCCUGCAUUCAUUACCGCUGCCCUCAAUUUGGUCUCGGUCCUUACGAAGCUACCCUCGGGAUCGACUCGCAAAGUGAAGCCCAACACACCGUUCAUGGAGACUGUUCUUCAAGUCUGCUUGGAACUGGUCCCUCGGCACCCUACCAUUUUCCGUCCAUUCGGUACUCAACUUCGAUCAUUGCUGACGGAAAUUCUGGGGUCCUCAUCCUUGUAUUUCCCUGACCCGGUGAUGGACGUCGCAGAGCAGCUCUUUGCCUCUCUACACAAGUGUGCGCCAAAGGACAAGGCUGGAUCCGGUUGGACCGAAGAUUGCAGAGCGACAGUUCUGUCUAUCCACCGAGCCGCGGAUUAUGUUUUCCGCGCUGUGGUAGAGCAAUGGGAGUCGGUUGAUGGAGGCUUGGUUUCCGCACGACAGAACUUCACCCAACACCUUGCUGAUGAAAGCUCCGAUUCCCUGGGACUUGCCAGCUGGGAGGGCAUGCAUGCUGGAUCUGAUAGGUUGGUUACACUGUUGCGAUUGCUGUCCAACUUCGUCUCUAUGCCAUCUACCGCCACUGUUGCCCUCCCUCUAGGCUCGAUUCUCGAUGUGACAUCGCGUCUCACAUCUGUUACCGCUCCUUCGGAUGAGGGAACCCGAUCUGGUGUGCAAACUAACCCCCAAAUUGGCCGCGACGAGCGGGAAUUGCUGUGGGCUGAAUUGCCUCGAAUUCACAUUGCUUGUAUGGACUUGCUUGCCCAUGUCACCAGUGUCCUAGAGACCAGCGCCACACCUAUCACCCAGAACAUCCUGGAACAAAUCACCUGGGUUUUCCGUAACGAGAACACCAGCCGGAAUGUGCGCUUGGCCUCAUAUGAUCUGCUGAGCACGGUAGUAUCGCUCAAUGGCCCCGCUAUGUCGAAGCAGAGCGUGACUUCUAUCACCGGCGUUCUGCGCGCCUGCUGCAAUGAUCUCCUGCCUUCGUCUGAUGAGUCUGGUUCUCAAGGCAAGCAACAAUCCGAUGCUAAGCCUAAGACAAAGAACGGUCAAGCCACCGCUAAUGCAGACUCCUUCUUGAACCCUGACCUUCAGAAGAAUCGCAAAUUCCAGACGUCUCAAUUCGCGGAGCUAGAACGGGCUGCAUCGGGUCUCCUGCAGACUGUUUUGACAUGUGUUCCCCCACAGCUUCUUGUUGGAUCUCUCCGUGCUGAAAUCGACCGCACGAUCAUUCUGGUCUCCGAUAAGAAUGCUAUGCUUGCAAGUGUUUUGAACCCCAUCCCGGCCAUCAAGGGUCGUGCUGCGGGUGCCAGUAUCAUGCCUUUCCUGGCUCGGGGUUAUGCCGAUAGCAUCGAAGUCGAGGCUCUGAUCCGCCCUAGAAUGCCAGUUCUGAUGACUGCCCCGGAGCUGGACGCUUAUGCCGAGGCAGAGGACGAGCAAGAGGCAGAUGAGAUGGCCGACGACGAAGUGUAUAACGCUGCUCCCGAAGCUGCCGACUUCUUGAAGGCCCCGGCUCCUGCGCCUGUUGAAACGACGACCACAUCCCAGGUUCCGAUGCACAAACGAACCUAUGUUGAGGAGUCUAAUAUCCAGGCGCCGAAUUUCCCCGCGCCUACAGAGAAGAAGGCCCGUCUUGAAGAGAGUGCUAAUCAACAAUUCCCUGUCGUCACUCGGACUUCGACUUCUGCGUCUCAGCUAGCUGAAGCCGACGCACCUGAGCGGAUGCAACCCCAAGUCGUCACAUCUCAGGCUCCGGCUGCUUCAGCUGCACCGGCCGCCCCGGAGCCGGAGGAAGAAAGUGAUGAUGAAAUGCCCACUUUGAACAUGGAUUCUGACACUGAUGAUGAAGACGAUGAGGAUGUCAACAUGGAGGGAUAA